UGCUUCGCGAUGCUGCUGCCGCCACCGCUGCCUCGCGCGCUGGCGCCGGGCGGCUCCCCCGGGCCCGGAGCGCGAGCGACGGGGCUGGAGCUCCAGGGCGCGGCCGGCCGGCGGGAGCAGCCGGGCGAGGAAGGCGAGGAGGACUCGCGAGGCCGCGCCGGGGCCAUGGCCAUGGCCGAGGAGGGCGCCCCACGCCGGGCGGGCGGAGGCGGCGAGGCAGCCGGGGCGGAGGCCGCUGCGUCAGAUGCCCAGGAGGAGCCCGAGGACGCCUGCCGCCGCUGGGGCGCGCAGCACGCCGGAGCCCGCGAGCUGGCCGACCUCUACUCCCCCGGGAAGCGGCUGCAAGAAUGGAUUAGUGUCAUCUUGUGUUUUUCUCUGAUGUCUUUCAACUUCUACAAUCUCCUCUUCUGCUUGAGACUGGAACAUGCCUUCUCAAUUAUUGUUGGGAUAUUUGCAGGAGUUGUUACUGCUGACUUCGUCUCUGGUCUAGUUCACUGGGGAGCAGAUACCUGGGGAUCUGUAGAUCUGCCAAUAGUUGGAAAGGCUUUUAUCCGACCCUUCAGAGAACAUCACAUUGACCCAACAGCGAUUACCAGACAUGACUUCAUAGAGACCAAUGGAGAUAAUUGCAUGUUGGCGGUAGUUCCAUUGGCAAUCAUGGCCUACAAAUUGGUUUCUUUAUCACCAGAAGCAUUACACCAAACGUGCCCUUGGGAGUGUUAUGUCUUUGCGCUGGCUGUAUUUGCAACCUUGACAAACCAGAUUCACAAGUGGUCUCACACCUACUUCGGUCUUCCUCGCUGGGUAACGUUCCUACAGGACUGUCACAUUAUUCUGCCACGGAAACACCACAGGAUCCACCAUGUCUCUCCUCAUGAAACCUACUUCUGUAUUACUACAGGCUGGCUGAACUACCCAUUGGAGAAAAUCGGAUUUUGGCGGUUCCUAGAGAAUAUAAUUCAAGGACUGACAGGAGAAAAACCUAGAGCAGAUGACAUGAAAUGGGCUCAGAAAAUUAAAUAACUCUUGCCAUGCUUCUGCUGUCCUUAUACUUUGUUGCCAAUGUUUUUAAAAGAAAAAAGCCAUCAGCCAAAUUAAAGACUUGCAAAGAAAUAAUGGACUAAAGCACAAUGCUUUUAAAAAGUGCUAACAGACUGCAGUUAAAGGACUCACUCUUCAAAAUAAUACUUGAAAAUGCAAAUGGCUUAUUCCCGUUUGUACUGAGCACCUUCUGUUAGCCACAUCUGCCGAUGUUGAACGUUCCCAUCCUUGAGUCUCAAAAAGCCAUUAGUUGGAGAAGACAGUGCACCAUUUCUAGUAAGAUAUGUCGUUGGCACAGUAAAAUGUGUUGUAUCAACAUGAAUUACCACUUUGAAAGGAGUUUUAAGAAAAUGUGGAAUAACUAAGAUAACAAACAAGCACUAUAUUUCAAGGAGCAGUUCGAACUUACUGCAUGAAAAUCAGCCAGAGGGGAAGGAAGUUUAUGAAACGGUCACCUCUUCAAUGCAUUUAGUGUUUGGUACACCUUCCAGAUGCUUUCAUCCUUGCUAUCAUGUCAAGUCUUAGUCCUAUGUGGUGUGCAACAGAAAAUUUGGGAGUCUCAUUCUGCUAGUGGAUCAAGGCUCCUUACUGAUGUCUGUCUCCUGAAAUAAACAAGUGUUCUACUUCCUU